AUGUCAACUGCAACGGAAACGAACAAGCUCUCGACCGAGCUGGGUGCCGAGUCUCCAACCACUGCCAGGCCCCUCGAGCUGGAUGAUGAUGACGUUCAAGAGACCGGCGUGAUCGGCGCCGAUGGCACGGCUGCGGCCGGGGCGGCCCAAGGGACCGUUGCUGCCGCGGCGUCGGCGUCGAUUCAGCCAGCGACGUCAACUCAGCCAACGACAUCGACUCAGCCCACGACAUCGACUCAGCCCACGACAACGACUCAGUCCACGACAUCGAAUCAACCAACGACAUCGACUCAGCCAAUGACAUCGAAUCUGCCAACGACAUCGACCGAGAGUGCCUUGCCCAAUCCUCCUCGACGAUCAUCAGAGACGGAAAAGAGUUCGAUGAUGCUGAAAGAAGCCUUCCCCACCGUGGAUGUUGCCAUCAUCAAGGCCGUUAUCAGAGCUAGCGGCGGAAAAGUAGAGCCCGCUUUCAAUGCACUGCUAGAGAUGACGGAUCCCGACGCGGCCAAGGACGAACCAGAGGACACCCCCCCUCCACAACCGCGGAGACCACAGGGACACACGCCCAUGACGCAAGUCGAGGCGGAUGAGCUAUAUGCCCGGCAGCUCGCCGAGCACUACGACAACGUCGGAGCGUACGAGGCUCGAACAUCAAGCCGGUCCCGCUAUGCCAGCCAGCCCCGAAGACGGUCGGAUGACGACGAACGCGAGCACAGCUUCCUCGACGACGACCUCCCCGUCAUCCGCGAGAACCUGCGCAAAGGCUUCGUAGAAACCCAGUCAAAGGUCAACGGGUGGAUAACCAACCUGAGAAAGAAGUUCGAGGAGAACUUUGACGAGAGCGAGGAGCCCGUGCAGGGACAGGGUCAGCCGUUCCGUAGACAGCCAGAACCGAGUCGCAGGAGCGGUGACUACGAAAGAUAUGACGCUGACCCGCAGGUCCUGACCGACGAUUUUGCCGGAAUGAAAUUCUCGGCCGACGGGACCCCCGUCAAGCGCCCGGUAAACCCUAGCCUGCACCGACCCCCACCGCCAUCUUCGUCUCCCAGACCCGCCGAUGGACGCCGCGUGGGCUUCAAGGAGGAGACCGAGGAGAUCAACAUGUACGAAACAUCUCCCAAGAUGGCACCGAAGAGCCCGCCGCCCUCCGUUAAGCCCAGCAAAUGGCAGCCUCUGUCGGCGGUGCCGCCCACCCCCAUCAUCGAUCACGAUCCGUUCAGUCUCGGCGACAGCGACGAUGAGAAGGAGACGAAAGACUCCAAGGAAAAGGAAAAGGAAACGGAAAAGGCCAAAGAUUCCAAGCCAGAUGUCGACGAAGACAAGCUGAAGAAGGCGGCGGCGGAGGCCAUGUCCGACACAAUCGUAUCGCCGGCAAAGGGCGAGUCCUCGUCCGCAGCCAAGAGCUGA